CCGAUGGAGCGACGACGGCAGCGUUUCACCUCACACAUCUGAACACACAUACACACGCACACACCCACACACACAUACACACACACACACAGAGACACACACCCCUUAACACGUUUGAGGAGUUUAGCCAUUAUCAAGGAGACGCAAAUAAGAAAACUCCAAAACUUAAUCCAGGAUGGAUGCUUCACAGCUGUUCUUUCUGCUGCUGUUCUAUGGAUAUCUGCCAAAAGUGUUAUCGGUGCAGAUGUGUGAUGUGGUCAACGAGAUCGAGCUGGAGAAAGAGCGCUGCGAGAACAGCACCUCUGGGAAUGUCACUUCAGGUUGCCAAGGCAUGUGGGACAUCAUCGCCUGUUGGCCUUCAGCCAGAGUUGGAGAGGUGGUUACAAUAAUGUGUCCCACUUACUUCAGUUACUUCAGUGACCAUCACAAAGGUAACCUCUCUAAAACCUGCACAGCAGAGGGCUGGACGGAGAUGCAUCCUAUUGACAUCGCCCUGAACUGUGGGUACAAUGUCAACAGCACUAGUGAUGAUGGAAAGUUUUUUUGGCAAGUGAAGAUUGGAUACACCAUUGGCCACAGUGUCUCCCUCAUCUCGCUAACCACAGCUAUUGUGAUCCUCUGCAUAUUCAGGAAGCUCCACUGCACGAGGAACUACAUCCACAUGCAUCUGUUUGUGUCAUUUAUCCUGAAGGCCAUCGCUGUGUUCAUCAAAGACGUGGUCCUCUAUGAGGUCGGGGAAGUGGACAACUGCUCCUCAGGCUCUGUUGGCUGUAAAGCAGUGAUUGUGUUCUUCCAGUACUGUAUAAUGGCCAGCUUCUUCUGGCUGCUGGUGGAAGGCCUCUAUCUUCACGCACUGUUAGCGGUCUCUUUCUUUUCCGAGAGGAAGUACUUCUGGGCUUAUAUUCUGAUUGGCUGGGGAGGUCCAACAAUUUUCAUCACAGCUUGGAGCAUCGCUAAAGCCUACUAUAAUGAUGUGGGGUGCUGGGAUAUCAUCGAGAACACUGAUGUCUUCUGGUGGAUCAUUAAAACCCCUAUUUUGGCAUCAAUCCUGAUGAACUUUAUCCUCUUUAUCUGCAUCAUUCGAAUACUCCGUCAGAAGAUCAACUGCCCAGAUAUUGGAAGGAAUGAAUCCAACCAGUACUCGAGGUUGGCGAAAUCCACGCUGCUUUUGAUUCCUCUUUUUGGCAUCAAUUUUAUCGUAUUUGCAUUCAUCCCAGAGCAAGUGAAGACUGAGCUGCGGCUAGUUUUUGAUUUGAUUUUGGGGUCAUUCCAGGGCUUUGUGGUCGCAGUCCUUUACUGCUUCCUCAACGGAGAGGUCCAAGGAGAGAUCAAGAGGAAGUGGCGGAGGUGGCACCUGCAGAGAUACAUGGGCUCAGACACCAAAUACCAACACCCGUCCAUUGGCAGCAGCAACAACUUCAGCACGCAGAUAACCAUGCUGACGCGGUGCAGCCCGAAAACACGCCGGGGUUCAUCCUCGUGUCACGAGGAUUUGUCUAGCAUAUGACUCACGCAAACAAUGAUACAGUCAUACAUGCUAUCCAGAAUACUCUCAUGCCAAACAUCAGGCAAAAAUGACGCAGCAUAAGUAAGCUAGAAUAAGAUGUUAGCACACAUUAGCACAUGCACUCCUGGAGAAUGUGAUGCUUGAGUGUGAAGGACGGCGAUGAAAAGAUAGGAAUCAAAUCAGCUUUUAAGCAGCUUUUAAUCUUCACGCUUCUUUAAAAACAAAGUUUAGUGGCAGAGAUAAAAAUGCUUUUGUUUCACACGCGCAGCUUUUGCACAUUCACUUUUUUUUUUGUAUUUCAUGAUUCAGUGAACAUGUACAGGUGAAUCUGUGAGUCAUGUCAUUAUGGAUCAUUUGGUCAAUUGUUAUUACGUUCUCUGUGUGCUCAGACACUGGGCGAUGCGAAAUGUCACAUAUUAAUGGGGUUAGGUGAGCAAUCCAAAUGUGAACUGCACCAGCACACACGCAAUCUGAUGUAAUUAUGAUUUGAUUAAAAAUCACUUAGUGGAUUCCUGCAGCUGCAACCCUCAAAUGAACAAGGCUGCUGCAAAGACACAGCCGUUAGUAGAAAAGGGACAGGAAAUCCCAUAACUUAUAUUCUUGCAGUGUGUGCAGCGACAUCACAGGCAAAGAAAAGCACCAGAAAUGCAUUAUGGGAGUUUCUUUGAACAUUUAAUUUGAGUGGAGAUGGAAAAUGUGUUUUAAGGCAUAUUUUUAGGCGACCAAAAAGAACAAAACAGUGUGCAACAUGAUGUUUUCCUCACUGUGUAGGAAAACAGAAAAAGAAAGACUGGCUGAUAACCAGCAGGAAACUUUAUUUACAUUAAUGCCAAACAGAUGUGGCUUCAGACCAGGUGACCAGUGUGAUGCUGAUUCACAAUGAUGGGUUUGGAGUACAAAUGCCCUUCUCUGCACUAUCACUGUCACGAGAGACUGAUUGUCCUUUUGCCUCCCCUUUUAUGAGUACAGCCUUCCCCUUUUGUUUUGUGUGAUUUUGUGUCUGAUGUUUUUUUAUUUGGGGCAGUUUUGUGCUGAUCACUGACGAGUGCCUGGUUUCGAUGUUUUGAAGUGACGCUUUCAGUCUAAUCAUACACUGGCUGUCGGGCUUCACAGUAACUCUUGAGAGGAAAUGCCUUUAAGCAGUUCAGUCCUUGAAUAUUUACAUUUACGUGCGAUGAGUCAUUUAACAUUGUACAGAUAAGUAUACAGUGUAAAGUCUAAUGAAUUGCUUUGGAUUGUUGUGCCAUACUGACUCUGUCAAGGUUACAAUAUCAGUAAUGUGUCACUGUAAGUGUCAUUUGUUCAUAUUAUUGCAACACUUUGGAUUCAAAGGCUCGCCAAGAACAUAACAUGAACAUGUUUUGAACAUGAA